UGAGGCGGAUGUACAUCGGGAGCGUUAGGAGAGAGGAUGAGAGACGGACAGAACGACGAGGCGCGCGGACAGACACCGGACUGAGGAGAGUUUAGCUGUUCUGAGCGCGACAUGGCUUCGUCUCACGGUAAAGGGGAGCUGCGCCACGCGGACUGGAUGGCGAACCUGCCCGCUAACCUGCACGCGCUUCCGCUCACCAACCUCGCCAUACCGGGAUCCCAUGACUCUUUCAGCUUUUACAUUGAUGAAGCAUCUCCUGUUGGACCUGAACAACCCGAAACAGUGCAGAAUUUUGUCUCAGUUUUUGGAGCGGUGGCUAAAAAGCUGAUGAGGAAGUGGCUCGCAACUCAAACCAUGAACUUUUCCAGCCAGUUAGAGGCUGGGAUCCGUUUUUUUGACCUUCGCAUCUCUACUAAACCCCGAGAUCCUGAGAAUGAGCUGUACUUUGCCCAUGGGCUCUUUAGUGCCACAGUACGUGAAGGUUUGGAACAGAUCAGUGCUUUUCUCGCCUCCCAUGCUCGCGAAAUCGUCUUUUUGGACUUUAAUCAUUUUUACGGUGUGCAGAACCUGCAUCAUGAAAAGUUGGUUCAGAUGCUUCACACUGUGUUUGGAGAUCGUCUCUGUCCCGUGGUUUUUGCUGAGGAAUUGAGUCUGAAGUAUUUAUGGGAGAAAGAGUACCAGGUGUUGGUGUUUUAUCACAGCCCAAUGGCCCUGGAGGUGCCAUUUCUAUGGCCGGGUCAGAUGAUGCCAUCUCCAUGGGCCAACACCACUGACCCAGAAAAACUCAUUCAGUUCCUCCAGAUGUCACUGACCGAGCGCAGACGGAAAGGGACAUUUUUUGUUUCCCAGGUUGUUCUGACACCUAAAGCGAGCACAGUGAUGAAAGGAGUCACCAGUGGACUUAGAGAGACCAUCACAGAGAGAGCUCUUCCAGGGAUGAUGCAGUGGAUUCGGUCUCAGCGUCCAGGCGAAAGUGGUGUUAACAUCAUCACGGCUGAUUUUGUGGAGCUUGGCGAUUUCAUAAGUGCUGUUAUUACUCUUAAUUAUUAUCUUGGCGAAGAUGAUGAAGAAGAUGCCACCUGAAGCCCCGCCUUCAAAUUGCACUUAUUAUUUUCUGGUUUUAGUUUCUGUUUUAAAACCAUCGCCUUCCUCUGUGGUUUUUAGGGCUAAUAAAAAGAAGGGCAUGAAUUUCUGAAAUUCGCAAGACAGGAAUAAUGUGUACUUGUUGACAUAUCUUUAAAUUUCACACCCACAAUUUUGUUACCAUAGAGACUGAAACAGCACAGCCAAUCAGGAGGAGCCUAGCUAGUGGAGAUGAAGUUACUUUCACAACAUAAAGAAGGUCAUCUGUAGGUCUGUAUUGUGGACAGAUUUGAAGGAACAUCGUCACCUUUGCUCUCGGAGAAGACAAUGAUUUCGUUGUGUCUCCUGGAUGAGAGACGGAUAUAAACCAGAUCAGUGUCUCUGAAGGCUAUGAACAGUUAAUAGAGGUGGGAUUUACUAUGUCAUGAUAUAAAUGUGUGAUAUUUGUACAUGCCUACUGUGUGUCUGGUUUGGGCUGCAAUGAUGGAAAUGAUUUAUUAUUAUUCUAAACAUUAUUUUACUUUACCGUCUGCAGCAUUAAUAAAUAGUGCAUUAGCUUCUGAUCAGUUUCAUACUACUGCAUUUCACAGUGAAUAAAUGUUGUGUGUAUGGUGGAUGUGAUGGUUGUAGCUUUAACUGCUGUAGUGUUGGUGUUGUGUAUGAUGAUGUGUAAAUUCUGUCCAAAAUGAUCUGUCAUGCCACAAACAUCAGGUUAGACUUCAGUAUUAAAUGUUUAGUGAUAUAAUCGUGUUACUCUGCUGAUGUCAUUGCAUCACACUAUUCCUUUAUUUACACCUCUUUAUUCAGGGUUUUUUACAUUUUUAACAUAUUUCGAGGAAUGUAAUGCACCUGGAAAUGUGGUCUGAUGUCAUUAUUUUUGUGGUUUUUUGUGGUUUGAUGUCAUGAUUUUUUUCUAUCUCUUUAGCAUUGUAUUAACAAUAUAUCUAUUCUGAGAUUUUAUUAUCACAGUGUGAUAUUGCUAAAAUGAUAUUUGGUACAGUUUUAUAUUUAAUUUCAUAUCUGAUAAUGCAGUACAUCCUGGUGUUAGAGCUCAUCCCCCAUCCAAGACUGUUACCUCCAUCCAAAACUGCUAGUCUUAUUCUCCCUUUCAAUGACUACAAUGUCCCUUUACCAUGACUGCUACAUCCCUAACCACACCUACUAGUACCAUUACCAGUCUGAUUCCCCCAACCGAGACAUUUAGUCCCCUAACCAAGACAUCUCCCACAUCAACUCAGACUGCUAACCCCUAUCUUUGACCCCUCAAUCAAUUCUACUAAUCCCCUAAUAAAGGGUUCCCACUAUCUAAGGCUGCUAUUCCCAUGACCCCUUCUUCUUCUUGUUACUUUUCCCUUUAGGGAUUGCCACAGCCGAUCGCCUGUUUUCACCUACCUCCAUCCUCGGCAUCCUCUACUCUCUCACAAUUACCUUCAUAGAAUUCACAAUGAAAAUUUGCCUGUUUAAGUUUGGCAUAUUUUAUGCCAGAUUCCCUUCCUGAUGCAACCCUCUCUAUUUAUCCCGUCUUGGGACCGGCACAGAGAUCUCUGGCUUGAUUUGCUACUCCCAUGACCAGAGCUACUACUUUCCUAACACAAACUGCUGGUCCCUGCCAAAGACUGCUAUCUAACCAAGGUUCCAUCUCUUCAUCCAAGACUAUAUUCUAACUUCUAAUGAAAACUUCCAACUCGCUACCCAAGGUGACAAGUUCCCUCUACAAGAGCUUAAGUCUACUACCACCAUACCCAAUCUAGACUGCCCUUGUUGCCCUUUUACCCCAUAGGUCUUAUCUGGUCCCAUCAUUUCAGAAAGAAUGUUGGAUGUAAGGUUUAUGUGUUCAUAUUGUAAACAAUGUCUAAACCUCUGUCCUUGUUCUAAUUUAUUUUAUUACAGAUUUUGUUAUUUAGAUUUUCUGUAAUUACUCCGUUUGUUCAGAAUCAUUCAUCCAAAUGGAACAGCUGAAAACUGCGACUCAUGUAACUAAUGUGCAUUAUAUAUAUUUAUAUAUGAUGUAAUGACAAUCACUCAAGAUGUCAGUGUGUGGAUGGAUCGUCAGGUGUUGUUCGAGUGUUAUACUGCAUGUUACUGCAGGAGUCAAAAUCUGACACUUAUUUGUAAUUUAUGUAAUGUAAUGUAAAUUUGUAGGUGUUACAAUGAACAUUCAAAAAUAAGUGAACGCUUAUGAAUCUGGUGUAAAUAAAUAUAAAUGUAAAUAAUGCA